AUGGGACACAUUGUCAAGGCACCUCGUAUUCUUCGUUUGAAAUUGCAAGGCGCAGGAGAGACGCUGGAGGGGGAAUUGGGUGGUGUGCGAGACGAGAGACACCGCGACAGGGGGAGUGCCGGAGCACCAAAGGCGGACGGAUUCCGUGAUCGUUUUGUUUGCCUUGUUUCCUCCCCCUUCAAUCUUGCGAGCACCUACGGAAAUGGAAGCGCCAUUGGCGAGAGCCCGGUCUGGGCUCCGAGCAGCGGCUUCGAGCUGGCUCUCGGCCUCGACAGCGCCGGCCCUGGGAUCCUCGCCGUCACCAGCACUAACAACAACAACACCAACAACACCAUCGUCACUCUCACGACAUGCAAUCUGCCGCUCCUCGACGGCCACGAGACCGGCCGCAAGUCCCACGGCGCGCAACUUCUCUGCACUCAACCGGCCUCCGCCCAAGUAUCCCGGGCAUGUGCCCUUGACCAGGAUCGAGCAAGCAGGCAUGGCGCUCGGAUCUGGCAUCAUGUCGCUGCUGAAUCCCUACCGUGCUGUAUGCCUUGUUACGCCGUUCCCUCACUCACCUCACCUAUCUUUCUUCCCCCCCCCUCCCCUGCUGAUCUCAUAGCCACCCUGGGCGAGGCCACGGCGACCCCCUACUUCAUCUACCGCCUCCGCGACGCCAUGUUGGCCCAUCCCACAGGCCGUCGAAUCCUUCGCCUGCGUCCGCGAAUCAGCUCCAAGACGCUCAGCAUCCCGGCCCUGCGCGCCUUGCCGGAGAACUCCGUCGGCCGCGCCUACGUCUCCUGGCUGGACCGCGAGGGCGUGUCCCCAGACACUCGAUCCCUGGUGCGGUACAUUGACGACGAGGAGUGCGCGUACGUGAUGCAGCGGUACCGCGAGUGCCACGACUUUUACCACGCGCUGACGGGCCUGCCCACCGUGCGCGAGGGCGAAGUUGCGCUCAAGGCCUUUGAGUUUGCCAACACGCUGAUCCCCAUGACGGGGCUGAGCAUGCUGGCCGUGGCGACGCUCAAGCCGGCCGAGAGGCGCCGCUUCUUCAGCGUGUACAUGCCGUGGGCAGUCAAGAAUGGCGUGCGUAGCAAGGAGAUUAUCAACGUCUUUUGGGAGGAGGAGCUGGAGCGAGACGUUGACGACCUGAGGCGGGAGCUGGGCAUUGAGCGGCCGCCGGACCUGCGAGAGAUUCGCAAGCGGGAGAAGGAGGAGAAGAAGCGGCUCAAGGAGAUGCGAGCCCAUGGGUUUUGA